UAGCUGUCGUUAGCCAGCCGGUUUACGUUACCCUGCGUGACCGUCCGUUUCUAUCUAAUCUAACGCUAGCAUGAAAACAACUCAUUGGCCGAGUGUCAAGUUCACAGAAUGAAAGACAUUUCGGUGUAUGAGAAUGCCGGCAGGUGAGAGUGAAGCCCGGGCAAAGACCAGGGACAGAUUCAAUGAGGUCCUCAAGAAAUACACAGACCCUCCAUCAGAGAAGAAAAAUAAGUUGAAAAAGAAGACCUCUGAACCUCAGGAGAGCAUUGUGCUACAGACACUACGCAGAAAUCUCAACCUCGAGAAAGACACCGAGGAAGAUGAGACCAUCCUCCAGAAUACAUACCACCAUGAACAGGGAAGCCCUCGCUUCACUAAGAACAGGAGAAGGGAACAGGAACUAGCAGAGAAGUUUAACAUCAGUAGUCAUGGGAACCAGGAGGAGGUUCAGCCAUCCAAAGGCAAGCGGAAGGGUAAAAGGGAACUUCCUUCUCUGCCUGUGCAGGAGGACACACCAAGCUACAUUCAGAAUGAUAGUGCUGACGAUGCAGAGGCAUCCAAGUCAGAGAUCUCCUUUGAGCCAGACGGGGCUACUGGAAAGGAACCAAAGAAGAGAAUUAAGAAGGGGAGGCGGAAAGGGGAUGUGGAGGAGGAGGUGGAGAGGCAGGUGGCAGAUGCUGAGGAUGAGCUGUUGCAUGAAUACCAGCAGCAGAUUGAACAGCAGGAGGAAAGAACUGUGAAGAAGAUGGUCAAAAAAUCUGACUUGAAUGCUACCCGCCAAGAAAUCUUGUUGAAUAAUGACAUGGGAAAGAAGAAAAAGAAGAAGCUUAAAUCAGUGAAUACAGAGUCUGAAAUUAGGGAUCAAGAUGAAAGUAUGGAACACGUUGGUGACACAGAAAAUAAAGCUGAAUCCAAAGGAAAGAAGAAGAAAAGAAAGCAAGUCAUGAAGGAGGAGCGUGAACAGGAAGCAGAAACACCACAGAAACCUGUUUUUGAUGACAGCCUAGUGCUCGGAGUGUACAUUCACAGGACAGACCGUCUCAAGACUGACCUGUUGAUAUCACACCCCAUGUUGAAGAUUCAUGUGGUCAAUGAGACGACAGGGCAGUAUGUGAGGAAAGAGGACAGCCACAGACCAGUUUCAUCGUUUUAUGAGCAGGAGAAUGUUGACCAUAUUCUUCCCAUCAUGACUCAGCCUUUUGACUUCAAGAAAAAUAAAUCAACAGUUCCUGAGUGGGGGGAGCAGAUAAUCUUCAAUGAGCGCUUUGGUUAUUUCCUUCAGAAUGACGAUGAAAGCCCCAGGGUUAUACUCUUUUUUGAGGUGCUGGAUUUCAUGACCAUGGAAGAAGCGAGAGCCAAUGUUGCUGUCGACAAGCAUGAGCGGGGCUUCAGAAAAAUAGCAUGGGCAUUCCUUAAGCUUGUAGGCACUAAUGGUAUGCUGAACAUCGACAGUAAACUACGCCUUCAGCUCUUUUCCCCCCCAGCCCGGGCAAAGAGGCAACCUAAAACAAUCGAAGUAGUUGACUGGUGGAGGAGAUACCCUCGAAACAAAUAUGCAUCCACCCUUUACAUUACAGUGAAGGGCAUCAAACUACCUGAGCAUGUGGACCCCAGUAUGCGCUCCAUGAUGGCACUGCAGGAGGAGCGGGGGAGCACCUCCUACAGUGAACUCCAGAGUGAGGUCACCAAGAGAAGCUUGUCACAGCCUCUAGAGAGCAAACCCUCUGUCCUAAAAUGGAGCAGGGUGCCUGGUCAGAUCUGCCGGAUUCCCAACAAGCCUGUACUGUCGUUCCGGGGCGGUCAGAUGGGCUGUUUCACCUUGCGCUUCUCUCACGCUGGGACUGUGCUUGCUGCUGCUUGUGCUGACAGAGAUGCUUUCCCUGUUGUAGUGUAUGAGAUCCCCUCCGGCAAGGUUUUGGCUGCCUUUAGUGGCCAUCUCAGUAUUGUGUAUGAUCUCUGCUGGUCCAGAGAUGACCAUAGCCUUUUGUCCGCCUCCUCUGACGGCACUGUCAGGGUAUGGGAUGUGGACAGGCUUCUGGGUAUAGCCCAGAAGGUGCUCCCGCAUCCUACGUUUGUGUACUGUGCCCAGUACCAUCCCGCGGCCCAGAGCCUGGUGGUGACGGGGGGCUACGACCGCCUGGUGCGGGUAUGGAGGCUGGAUGUUGACGACGUCAAUGGCCAGCUGCUUCAGGAGUUGGAGGGCCACAACAGCUUCAUCAACACAAUAUGUUUUGACUCAGAAGGAAGGAGAAUGUUCUCUGCGGACAACACUGGUCUAAUUGUUGUGUGGAAAACCUUGGUGAACACCAGUAAGCAGCGGCAGCCAUGUCAACACUGGGUUAUAGAAAAGGAAAUUGAGGAGAGUGACCUCAGAAGUAUCCCCAUCAACAUGUUGGAGAUCCAUCCGAACGGCCGUCGCCUGCUCAUCCAUGCCAAGGACAGCGUCCUGAGGGUGAUGGAUUUGAGAAUACUAGCAGUAAAGAAGUAUACAGGGGCCACAAACUACAGGGAGAGGAUCUAUAGCACGUUCACUCCCUGUGGGAACUUCAUAUUCUCUGGCAGCGAGGAUGGGAUGGCCUAUGUCUGGAACGUUGAGACUGGUGACCAGGUGGCGGUCUACUCAGAACUGUGUUACCCCACAGCUCUCCGCGGUGUGGCAUUUCACCCACAUGAGAAUAUGGUGGCUUUCUGUGCCUUUGGUCAGAGCCAGCCUAUUCAUGUGUACCUUUAUGACCGCAAAGUUUCCCAGCUGGAGGUGCAGAGCAUAAGAGGAGUGAGCCAGUCUGCCUCUGAGGACACCAAACCCCUCAGAGAUCUGUCUGAACCUGCAGUUCUCAACAACACAUCCUUGGCCAUGGAUCAGUAUGCCCAAGCAACAAGACUGGCGCUCAAAAUGCAGCGUGUCAAAGAGAAGCUGGACUCAGUUCUUGAGCCAUAUCGGCGUUCUUCAAUUCCUGGAUAUAUGUAUGAGCAAGGCAAAGUGGGCAUGAGUCACACUGGGAGGAGCCUGACGUUGGACUCUGGCACGACGGAACUGAAUGCCUCGUUGCCUCCUCCAUCUCUCCUGUCGCCCCACGCUAAGAUGCAGAUCUCAGCUUCCCUGGCAGAGCAGUUAAUUCCUCAGGCAGCCAUGAGCACCCAAAACCGUGGUUUCAGUCCAGUGGGACAUCGCCUGAAAGGAACUCCAUCUCUCCACUUACAGACGAGCCUCGCUGAGCUUGUCUCUCCUGCCAGCCGAAUACAGACAGAUUCUGACCAAGUUCAACAAACGGUUGUCUCACUCUAUGACUACAGUGCCAACCGGUCCGAUGAACUGACCAUACACCGCGGUGAUGUCAUUCGUGUGCUGUACAAAGACAAUGACAGCUGGUGGUUUGGACACCUGGCCAAUGGACAGCAGGGCUACUUUCCAGCUACUUACGUGGCAGAAGAGAGGGAUUUCAAUGAAGAGCUGGCUCACCCCACUGAGACACAUGCUGCCUUGUCUGAGGGAAUGGCUGAAAGGUCGACACCCACCAGGGUUUCUGCUGCCAUUAGUUCCUCGGGGGAACUUCGGUUUCUUUCUGAGCAAGACACUGACACUGAGUCGGGUGAUGCCAAGGCAAAAAGGAAGAAGAGAGUUAAAAAGCUCAGGGCACCGCCCUCGCCACCUCAGGUCACAUCUUCAGAUCAAGAUGCUUCAGGGAAAUCCAGCACAAGGAGGAGAGCCAGGUUAACAGAGAGGCCCCUCCCAAGGAGACCAGCUGGUUGGGCCAACAGCGGCUUUGAGCCUGAUGCAUAG